AUGUUUAACCUGCCAGUAAUCGGCGUCGCAGCAGGCAUCGCCUUGCUGUGCCUAAUCGCCAGCCACCUACGUACACGCCGCAAACCCUUUCCGCCUGGACCGCCGGGCAGCCCCAUCCUCGGCAAUCUGUUGCAGAUCCCGGCCAAAAAGGCGUGCCUCAAAUUCCAACAAUGGAGUCACGAGUACGGCAUUUCCUCCAACGGGCUGCUCGGCCUGCGCCUGGGUCCCUGGGCCAGGUUUAUCGUUCUCAACAAGCACAAACAGAUCCGCGACCUCCUCGAAGGCCGCAGCACCAUUUACGCCGGCCGCGGGCACGUCGCCAUCAUGGAAAAGAUACGCGCCUGGACGAAGCCUGGUGAGCCCUACGUGGGCAACUUUGCCUCGUGGCAGUAUAAUGACGAACUGAAACGGGAGAGGAGGGCCUCCCACGAAUAUAUGCUGCGGUCAGGCCAGGUCGAAAAAUUGCUUCCGAUCCAGGAUGCUGAAAGCACGCAGCUGAUGUGGGAGCUGUUGAGUUUUGAGCGGGACCAAAAGGCCGCGGGGGCCGCGGGGGCCGCGCCCGGGGCGCACCACAUCUUCUUUUUCCGCACUUUCGGCGCCGUCGUGCUUGCGGCCGUGUACGGAAUCCGCGGAAAGGAUAGUGCGCCCAACUCACCCUUGGCCAAGUUCGAGUCGUUGGUUAAGGAGUUUAUUCAAUUGUUGGCGUUGACGGCCGCACCACCGUAUGAGGUGUUCCCGUUUGUCGAUUACAUUCCCGAAUUUAUUAACCCUUGGCAGGGGUGGAUCGUAAGGGGGAAGCAGUUCGGGAUCCGCUGGUUUCUUUUUUGGAAAGAGUUUCAUCAAAUCGCGCUGGACUCGGCCGAACGUAAGACGAGCCGCGAGGGCGAUGGGGUUCUGCUCAAAUUGCAGGGUAAAGGGUAUUCCGAGACGGAAAAACUGUCCUUUGGAUCGACCAUGAUGAACGGCGGGGCCGAUACAACGGCUAUAACGUGUCUUACUAUGAUCGGCGCUUUAAUCAACAACCCUGACAUCCAACAGCAGGCCCGGGCGGAAGUGGAUGCCAUUUUUGGGGAGGGCGUUUUGCCUACAGCUGACAAGUUGAACCAGCUUCCAUUUGUGAAGGCGUGUUUCUAUGAGGCCGUCCGAUGGCGACCGUUAACACCGCUCAUGACACGCAGGGUUCGUCAGGACCACGAGUACGAGGGCUUUUUCAUCCCCAAAGAUACUAUGGUGUUGUUCAACAUUUGGGCACUAUCUCACGAUACCGAUGUCUUCGAACGUCCUCAAGACUUUAUGCCCUCCCGGUACUUACCGCAGUGUAGGGGUGACCCCGAAGCCAAGGCCAAGCCGCUACCGGUGUACGGGUUCGGAACGGGCUUACGGAACUGUCCAGGGCAAAAGAUGGCCGAAUAUUCGGUCAUGUUGGUGAUUGCAAAACUACUUUGGGCAUUUGAGAUUUCGUCGCCCGACGGGAAACUCGACACGAGCAUGGAGACGGGCUACGAUGACGCGUUCAUGUUGGCGCCGAACCCAGCCAGGUUGAGCUUCCGCCUGCGGAGUCAGGUUCGUGGGGAUGUCCUUCAAAGGGAGUGGAAGAAGGCGGACGAGUGGCUUGCGCGGUUCGAAUAAAAGUUGCAUAAGUUCCCAGUGCUAGUUGACGGUGAC